AUGCCUCAACCACCUGAAGCAACUUCUGAAUUUAAGAAAACACUAGUAUUUUUAAUUCAAGACAAAUUAAAAAAUGGGUGUCAGCAACGAAAUCAACAUGUAAAUGCACCAUGCUUGGAAAGCUUUGGGGUAGGAGCAUAUGAAACAUUAGGUCAAAUCUUUAAAGAUUCAAAUUGGGGUGUACGAGAAUAUAAAAAUCAACAACAAACCUGG